AUGGCGCAGCAACAGAAAGUCACCAAAUACCAAGAGCGUGUAUACACGGCGCUCCAACAGAUUCCAGAAGGCCGGGUCACGACAUAUGGCGCCAUAGCAAAGGCUUUGAACAGUUCUCCUCGAGCCGUGGGAGGCGCGCUACGCGCCAAUCCUUUUUGUCCAGUAGUGCCUUGUCAUCGCUGCAUUGCUAGUACCGGGUUCGUCGGUGGCUUCAAGGGCGACUGGGAAAAGGCACCGAGCGGACAGAACCAGGAGUCCAAGCUGCAGCUGCUGAAAGAAGAGGGGGUACUGUUUGACCAGAACGGGUUUUUGAUUGAUAACGCUUUGCUCUGGGACGGUUUCAACACGGACAAGUUGAACUAA